CAGGAUCCCGGGCUGCGCCUUCUCACAGGGUUCGGUGGGGCUUCUAGAGGAGGCGGGCGGGUUCUCUGGAGCCAGAAGCCCGGAGCCGCCCAGGAAUUUUGGCUUGGACUGCAUUUCCUCGGGCCGGGCGGGCGCGAUCCCGGGAGGUGACUACGGACAGCCUGCUGCACUCGGUGGCUUCUUACCAUGCAGCCGCUGCUCUGCGCGCUGGCCGGGCUCGCCCUGCUCCGCGCUGGAGCGGGCGAAUGGGACCAUGGACCCAGGGACACGCUCGGACGGCGAGCUGCUGAAUCCCCCAGUUCCUCUAGAGAAGAUCUGGUUUGGAGCCCGGGCUGUGACCGACAGAUGGCUGUCCAAGGACGUUUAAACAUCAUGGAAGAGAAGGUAGAGAAGACAGUGGAGUACCUGGAGGCGGAAGUGACAGGUCUGCUCAGCCUGCUGGAGGAAUUGACUUGGAACCUACCCCCAGGACCCUUCAGCCCUGAACCUGGCCUGUUUGGAGAUGAUCACUUCUGACCACCAGGGGUGGAACCUGUCAGCUAAAGUCAUCCCUCUGAAAACCAAACAAGGUCUUCUUGCCUUCCUGCCCCAUCUUUGUGUGAAAUAAAACCUCCUACUUGGGCCCCUGU